AACCAAGUGACUAAAGUCAACUCUGGUCACGGUGAUCCCACAGCAGGGCCACAAUGGGGGGGAGAUCUGUGUGGUUGUGUUUUCUCAUUUUACUGGUUGCCAGUGUAACUGAGGUCAGAGCCAGACUGGUUCGUAACCAUGUCAGCAACAUCUGCAGCACGUGGGGAAGGCAGCACUACAAGACCUUUGACGGAGAUGUGUUUCAGUUUCCUGGUAUGUGUGAGUACAACCUGGUGUCAGACUGCCACGAGUCCUAUCAGGGAUUUUCAGUCCACAUGAAGAGGACAGAGAAGGAUGGAAAUCCCACCAUCAGCUACGUUUUGGUUACCAUCAACGAGCUUUCGUUUUACCUCAGCAAGAAUCGGGUGACUGUCAACUAUCAGCCUGUCACCCUGCCAUAUUACAAAGGAGGCGUGCUGGUGGAAAAUAAUGCAGUUUACAUCAAGCUACAGUCUAAAGUCGGGUUCACUGUCAUGUGGAAUGGCGAAGAUGCUGUCAUGGUGGAACUUGAUAACGAUUUUGCAAACCGUACAUGUGGACUUUGUGGAGAUUUCAAUGGUGUUCCAGUCUUCAAUGAGUUCAUUUUAAAUGGUCGUAGAAUCAGUCUUAUUGAGUUUGGUAACAGCCACAAAGCCCAUCGUCCAAAUGAAGACUGCGAGGAUCCCUACGAAGAGGAAGAUGAACCUGUCGAGGAUGAGACGGUGUUGGAUUCCUGCAAGGGAUUUGAAACCAUCUGUGAAGAAAGGUUCCACUCAGAGUCCUGGAGUUCGUGCACCCAGCUGAUUGAUGCUGAAGCUUACAUCCAGGCGUGUGUGAUGGACAUGUGUGGCUGUAACAACAGCACCGACGAUUUCUGUGUCUGCAGCACCUUGUCAGAAUUUUCCAGACAGUGUUCCCAUGCAGGAGGACAACCUCCCAACUGGAGGAAACCUCACUUCUGUGCUAAACAGUGCCCUUACAACAUGGUGUUUGAAGAAAGCGGCUCUUCUUGCAUGGACACCUGCACACAUCUGGACACAAGUUCAAUGUGUGAGGAGCAUAAAAUCGAUGGUUGUUUCUGUCCACCCGGAACUGUGUUUGAUGACAUCUCCAUGAGAGGAUGCGUUCCUCAGUCUGAAUGUCAGUGCAAGCACAACAAAAUCUAUGAUUCUGGAGAGGUUUAUCGACAGGACGGAGAGGAGUGUACAUGCUUUAAAGGGAUAUGGGACUGUGUCAGCCUUGAAACACCAGCUAUGUGUGCUGUUGAAGGAGGCUCACAUUUCACCACCUUUGAUGGGAAAACCUACAUCUUCCAUGGAGAUUGCUACUACACUUUGGCCAAGGUGGAAAGCAAGGGUGGCUCAAACCCAAAGUUCAUCAUCCUGGCCCAGUUGGAGCCAUGUGCACAUCAACAGUUUGACACAUGUUUGAAGUCUCUUAAAAUCCUGCUGAACAAUGACAAAAACAAUGUUUUAACGUUCAGCCCUGAUGGUACCGUGAAGCAGAGCAUGCAGACUGUCAGUUUGCCAUAUUAUUCAGGAGAAAUCAACAUAUUCCGUCCUUCAUCCUUCUACAUUGUGCUUCAGACAACUUUUGGGUUGCAAAUUCAGAUCCAACAUGUUCCCCUGAUGCAAGUCUAUAUCAGUCUGGAAAAGAGCUACAAAGCUAAGACACGUGGCUUGUGUGGGAACUUCAACAUGGUCCUGAGUGAUGACAUGAAGACUCCUCAGGGUAUCAUUGAGGGAACUGCAGCAACGUUCUGCAACUCUUGGAAAUCAAAUCAAAUGUGCUCAGACUCCGAGGAAAGGCUUGACGAUCCCUGUUCACUCAGUGUAGAAAAUGAGAGGUACGCCAAACACUGGUGCGCCUUGCUCCUAACUCCACACAGUCCAUUUGCACAAUGCCGCUCAGUGGUGGAUCCUGAGAUGUACUAUAAGCGCUGCACUUACUCCAGCUGUAAUUGUGAGAAGAGUGAGACCUGUUUAUGCGCCGUUUUCUCCUCCUAUGCUCGAGCCUGUGCAGCAAAAGGAGUGAUCCUGACCGACUGGAGAGAGAAUGUGUGUGAUAAAUACAUAAAAAGCUGCCCGGCAUCGCAGACCUUCUCAUAUAGUCAUCAGAGAUGCCAGCUGACCUGCAGUUCUCUGAGCUCAGAGCAGCAGAGCUGCACCUCUGAGUUUGUGCCUGUGGAUGGCUGCGCCUGUGCCGAGGGUCUCUAUUUGAAUGAGAAAGGCGCAUGCGUUCCAAUGGCAAAAUGUUCCUGUUACCAUAACGGGGUCUAUAUUAAACCAGGAAAGUCCAUCAACAUCAAAAAUGAACACUGUGUGUGCAACAACGGAAAGCUUCAUUGUCAUUCUUGGAGAAGUCGUUCUUCAGCGUGUCCUUCCCCUAAGGUCUUUUUUAACUGUUCCUCCAUGGGAACACGAGAAGUUGGACUGCAGUGUGAUCAGACUUGUUUAAAUCUGGAAAGUGACUGUGAAUCCACGGAAUGUGAGUCUGGUUGUCGGUGUCCCGGUGGGCUCCUUGAUGAUGGCAAAGGUUCUUGUGUGAGGAAGAACGAUUGUCCGUGUCAGCAUGAUGGACGUUUUUUUGCUCCUGGAGCAACAAUUCCAAACCAGUGCAACACUUGCACCUGUAAAGGUGGAAAAUGGAAGUGCACAGAGAAGAAGUGCCCAGGAACUUGUGUUAUCUAUGGAACAGGACAUUACAACACAUUUGAUGAGCGAACCUAUGGGUUUCAAGGCGACUGUGCUUAUGUUGCCACCAGGAAUAAGUGUGGAAACAAAACUGUUGAGAACAACUUUGGAGUGAUCACAGAAAAUGUACCGUGUGGCUCCACGGGCACAACGUGCUCCAAAACAGUCAGAGUUCAGCUAGGGAGAACCGAAAUCAAACUGUCAAAGGGUAAUUAUGAAGAGCAUGAUCUGGAAAGUGGCGCUAAAAUUCCCUACAGAAUACGAUGGGUUGGCUUGUACCUGGUGGUAGAAUCAAACAUCGGUGUGGCUGUGAUGUGGGAUCGCAAAACAACUGUUCGUAUCCUCCUGCAACCACAGCACAGCGGUGAGGUGUGUGGCCUGUGUGGAAAUUAUGAUGGCGAUGGACAGAAUGACUUCACCACUCAGGGUCAGCUAGUGGUGAACAACCAUUUAGAGUUUGCAAACAGCUGGAAAGUAACCAGCAUUUGCCCAGAUGUGGAGGAGAGCACCGAUGCUUGUGAUAUAGCUCCCCAACGACAUCACUGGGCAAAAUUGAAGUGCAGCAUCAUAACAGGAAAUACAUUCAAAGACUGCCACCACAAGGUUAACCCUCAGCCGUUUUAUGAUAACUGUGUAAAAGACUCAUGUGCCUGUGACACCGGAGGAGACUGUGAGUGUUUCUGCUCAGCUGUUGCAGCUUAUGCUCAAGCUUGUAAUGAGGCUGAUGUUUGUGUUGCAUGGAGAACUCCAGAAAUUUGUCCUGUAUUUUGUGAUUACUAUAACAAUCCAGAAGACUGCAUCUGGCACUACAACCCUUGCCACACACCUUGCUACAAGACUUGUUUAUUUCCAAAUGGAACUUGUAGCAACCCAAUACCAAACUUGGAGGGAUGUUAUCCUGUUUGUCCAGAAGAUAAACCUGUAUUUGAUGAAAAAAACCAAACCUGUGUGGACAUAUGUCCUUAUUGUGUUUACAAUGGGACAAUAUAUGAUGAAUUUGAAGUUAUUUACAAUGUCAGUGACAACUUGGGAAUGUGCUACUACGCAAUCUGCAUUAAUUCAACUGUGAUAGAAGGCAGUGAACCCUGCUCCACACCUUCACCUUCAACUACUACACAAGAGCCAACCACAACAAAAUAUACAACUCCACCCACAACAACUCCAGAGCCAACCACUACAACAACUCCACCCACUACAACCCCAGAGCCAACCACUACAACAACUCCACCCACAACAACUCCAGAGCCAACCACUACAACAACUCCACCCACAACAACCUCAGAGCCAACCACCACAACAACUCCACCCACAACAACCCCAGAGCCAACCACUACAACAACUCCACCCACUACAACCUCAGAGCCAACCACUACAACAACUCCACCCACGACAACCUCAGAGCCAACCACUACAACAACUCCACCCACGACAACCUCAGAGCCAACCACCACAACAACUCCACCCACUACAACCUCAGAGCCAACCACUACAACAACUCCACCCACAACAACCUCAGAGCCAACCACUACAACAACUCCACCCACGACAACCUCAGAGCCAACCACCACAACAACUCCACCCACUACAACCUCAGAGCCAACCACUACAACAACUCCACCCACAACAACCCCAGAGCCAACCACUACAACAACUCCACCUACUACAACCCCAGAGCCAACUACUACAACAAAAUAUACAACUCCACCUACUACAACCCCAAAGCCAACCACUACAACAACACAAUCUACUACUACACCUCCAGUCACAACCCCUUGUGUUCCAACUUGUGAGUGGUCAGAUUGGUAUAAUGUGCAUGAUCCUAAAACUGACAAAAGUGACUGGGAAACCUAUGAAAACAUCACAAACAGUGGUCUACAUAUUUGUGACAAUCCCUCGGAGAUUGAAUGUAGGUCAGCAGAUGUACCAGAACAGGACUUUGAUGAUUUUAUAGAAGAAAACAAACAAGUUGUUACAUGUGACAUAGGUGUCGGUUUGAUCUGUAAAAAGGAAGAUCAGCCUAAACGUCCAGGGAAGUGCUUUGACUACAUGAUCAGAGUGUGUUGUCCAGUUAUCUGUGAGCCCACAACUCCAGGAACUCCACCUCCUUCUACAACACCAGAACCAUCCACAACCGCCACCACCCCAGAACCAACCACAACAACAAAAUAUACAACACCACCCACUACAACACCAGAGCCAACUACUACAACUAAAUAUACAACUCCACCCACUACAACCCCAGAACCAACCACCACAACAACUCCACCCACAACAACCCCAGAACCAACCACCACAACAACUCCACCCACUACAACCCCAGAACCAACCACAACAACUCCACCCACUACAACAACUCCACUCACUACAACUCCAGAACCAUCCACUACAACAACUCCACCCACUACAACCCCAGAACCAACCACUACAUCUCCACUCACAACAACCCAAGAGCCAAGCACCACAACUAAAUAUAUAACUCCACCCACUACAACCCCAGAACCAACCUCUACAACAACUCCACCCACUACAACCCCAGAACCAACCACUACAACAUCUCCACCCACAACAACCCAAGAGCCAACCACCACAACUAAAUAUACAGCUUCACCAACUACAACCCCAGAGCCAACCACCACAACAACUCCACCCACUACAACCCCAGAGCCAACCACUACAACUGCUCCACCCACAACAACCCAAAAGCCAACCACCACAACUAAAUAUACAACUCCACCAACUACAACCCUUGAGCCAACCACCACAACUAAAUAUACAACUCCACCAACUACAACCUCAGAGCCAACCACUACAACAACUCCACCCUCUACAACCCCAGAACCAACCACUACAACUGCUCCACCCACAACAACCCAAAAGCCAACCACCACAACUAAAUAUACAACUCCACCAACUACAACCCUUGAGCCAACCACCACAACAAAAUAUACAACUCCACCAACUACAACCUCAGAGCCCACUACCACAACAACUCCACCCACAACAACCCCAGAGCCAACCACUACAACAACUCCACCCUCUACAACCCCAGAACCAACCACUACAACUGCUCCACCCACAACAACCCAAAAGCCAACCACCACAACUAAAUAUACAACUCCACCAACUACAACCCUUGAGCCAACCACCACAACUAAAUAUACAACUCCACCAACUACAACCUCAGAGCCCACUACCACAACAACUCCACCCACAACAACCCCAAAGCCAACCACCACAACAACAACGCCACCAACUACAACCCUAGAGCCAACCACUACAACAAAAUAUACAACUCCAUCUACUACAACCCCAAAGCCAACCACUACAACAACACAAUCCACUACUACACCUCCAGUCACAACCCCUUGUGUUCCAACUUGUGAGUGGUCAGAUUGGUAUAAUGUGCAUGAUCCUAAAACUGACAAAAGUGACUGGGAAACCUAUGAAAACAUCACAAACAGUGGUCUACAUAUUUGUGACAAUCCCUCGGAGCUUGAAUGUAGGUCAGCAGAUGUACCAGAACAGGACUUUGAUGAUUUUAUAGAAGAAAACAAACAAGUUGUUACAUGUGACAUAGGUGUCGGUUUGAUCUGUAAAAAGGAAGAUCAGCCUAAACGUCCAGGGAAGUGCUUUGACUACAUGAUCAGAGUGUGUUGUCCAGUUAUCUGUGAGCCCACAACUCCAGGAACUCCACCUCCUUCUACAACACCAGAACCAUCCACAACCGCCACCACCCCAGAACCAACCACAACAACAAAAUAUACAACACCACCCACUACAACACCAGAGCCAACUACUACAACUAAAUAUACAACUCCACCCACAGCAACCCCAGAACCAAGCACCACAACAACUCCACCAACUACAACCCUAGAACCAACCACUACAACAGCUCCACCCACAACAACCCCUGAGCCAACCACCACAACAACAACACCCACUACAACACCAAAGCCUAGCACUACAACAACUCCACCAACUACAACCCUAGAGCCAACCACCACAACAACUCCACCCACAACAACACCAAAGCCAACCACUACAUCAAUUCCACCCACUACAACCCCAGAGACAACCACUACAACAACUCCACCCACAACAACCCCAGAGCCAGCCACCACAACUAAAUAUACAACUCCACCAACUACAACCCCAGAGCCAACCACCACAACAACUCCACCUACUACAACCCCAGAGACAACCACUACAACAACUCCACCCACUACAACCCCAGAGCCAACCACCACAACUAAAUAUACAACUCCACCAACUACAACCCCAGAGCCAACCACCACAACAACUCCACCUACUACAACCCCAGAGACAACCUCUACAACAACUCCACCCACUACAACCCCAGAGACAACCACUACAACAACUCCACCCACUACAACACCAAAGCCAACCACUACAUCAAUUCCACCCACUAUAACCCCAGAGACAACCCCUGCAACAACUCCACCCACAACAAAAUAUACAACUCCACCAACUACAACCCCAGAGCCAACCACCACAACAACUCCACCUACUACAACCCCAGAGACAACCAUCACAACAAAUCCACCCACUACAACCCCAGAGCCAACCACUACAACAACUCCACACACUACAACACCAAAGCCAACAACUACAACUCUACCUACUACAACCCCAGAGCCAACUACUACAACAAAAUAUACAACUCCACCCACUACAACACCAAAGCCAUCCACUACAGCUCCACCCACUACAACCCCAGAGACAACCACCACAACAACUCCACCCACUACAACACCAAAGCCAACAACCACAACAACUCCACCCACUACAACCCCAGAGACAACCACUACAACAACUCCACCCACUACAACACCAAAGCCAACAACUACAUCAAUUCCACCCACUACAACCCCAGAGACAACCACUACAACAAAAUAUACAACUCCACCUACUACAACCCCAGAGACAACCACCACAACAACUCCACCCACUACAACCCCAGAGACAACCACUACAACAACUCCACACACUACAACACCAAAGCCAACAACUACAACUCCACCUACUACAACCCCAGAGCCAACUACUACAACAAAAUAUACAACUCCACCUACUACAACCCCAGAGACAACCACCACAACAACUCCACCCACUACAACCCCAGAGACAACCACUACAACAACUCCACCCACUACAACACCAAAGCCAACAACCACAACAACUCCACCCACUAGAUCCCCAGAGACAACCACUACAACAACUCCACCCACUACAACACCAAAGCCAACAACUACAUCAAUUCCACCCACUACAACCCCAGAGACAACCACUACAACAACUCCACACACUACAACACCAAAGCCAACAACUACAACUCCACCUACUACAACCCCAGAGCCAACUACUACAACAAAAUAUACAACUCCACCCACUACAACCCCAAAGCCAACUACUACAACUACCCCACCCACUACGACCCCAGAGACAACAACAACCACACCAGGAUCAACAACAGAAUGCUUCUGUAUUGUUGAUGGCAAGCAUUAUCGUCCAGGGGAGAUCAUUUUUCAUAUGCACCACAUUGGAUUAGGCAUUUGUCUCACAAUGACAUGUUCUGAUAUUUGUGAACUCCACAACAAGACUGAUGCUUGUCCAACAACCCCACAUCCACCUACAACUCCACCUAGUACCACUCCGUAUAUUCCCAUUUGUCCUGAAUGGGAUGUUGUGCAAAAUGAGACGUUUUUCUUGUGCAACUGUACCAUGGCCAGAUGCAUUGAAAACAACACAAUUGAGAUAAUUCCAUAUGAGUGUCCACCACUUCAGAACAUUACUUGUCUCAAUGAAAAGAAACCAGUUCUUGUGUAUGAUGAGUACUACUGCUGCCAACAUUAUGCAUGUGACUGUGAGUGUGAAGGCUGGGGAGAUCCUCAUUACACAACAUUUGAUGGAUUAUACUACAGUUAUCAAGGAAAUUGCACCUAUGUUUUGAUGGAGGAGAUUACACCAAGGCAUCAGCUGAAGAUUUAUAUUGACAACGUCUUUUGUGAUCCCACUGAAGAUGUUUCUUGUCCACGAUCAAUAAUCAUAGCUUAUGGAUCGCAAGUUCUUACGCUCAUCAAUCAUAACCUCAUUGGAGCUCCAAAGCUGGAGGUUUUGAAAAAUGGGAAAAGUGUGAAACUACCACAUAUUGAGCCUGGUAUUAAAGUCAUAAGCACAGGCAUUAACUUAGUAUUUGAGAUCCCUCUCCUAAAUGUGGUCAUCAAAUUUGGCAUGACUGGCUUCAGUGUUUUCCUUCCAUAUCAGCACUUUGGCAGGAACACACAGGGCCAUUGUGGAACCUGCAACAACAACCAGACUGAUGACUGCAAGCUUCCAAGUGGUCAGCUGGUGGAAAGUUGCUCUGUGAUGGCUGACUACUGGCCAGCAAAUGACAUUUACCAACCUAACUGCCCACCACCAUCUGUACUACCCACAAAUAGACCUGAACUUCCACUUGAACCAACACCGUGCAACCCAGACUCCAUCUGUGACCUGCUUAAGAGCAGUGUCUUUGCUGAAUGCCAUCCAUUGAUUUCUCCAGAGAACUUUUACAGAGGCUGUGCUUUUGACAGUUGCCAUGUUUCCAAUCCAGUAGUAGAGUGCACAAGUCUGCAGACAUAUGCUGCUGCCUGUGCUCAGGUUGGAGCUUGCAUCCACUGGAGGAACCACACCAAACUGUGCUCUGGUGAUUGUCCAUCAGACAGAGUCUACAAGCCUUGUGGUCCUGCAGAACAACCAACCUGUGAUGAUGAUCCUAAUGAACCAUCCUUAAAUAUCAUCACUGAGGGUUGCUUUUGUCCUGAUGGAAUGAAACUAUUCAACAAAGAGUCUAGAAUAUGUGUUGAAAAGUGUGGAUGUCUUGAUCCUGACGGAAAUCCUCGUGAGUUCAACGAGAGAUUUGAGUACAAAUGUCAGGACUGCAUCUGUGAUGAACUCACCAAAACCGUGAUUUGCAAGCCUAAAACUUGCCCAGCACCACCCAUUGCUAACUGCACCGGUCCUGGGUUUGUUCUUGUGAACCAAACAAACCCAGAUGACACCUGCUGCUUUGCUCUUGCUUGCCAGUGCCAGAUCAGCAGGUGUCUAGUUAGCAGCCUAAACUGUCCAACUGGUUACAAACCAGUUGUCAGUGUUCCUGAAGGAAAAUGCUGCCCAGAACACACAUGUGAUCCUAAACGGGUUUGUGUUCACAAGGAUGUUGAAUACCAGCCUGGCUCUUCCGUUCCUGCAUACGAAUGUCAGGACUGUGUUUGCAGCAACGAGGUCGACAAAAAUUCGGGUCUAUUCAAAAUAACUUGUGAAUUUCAGCAUUGUGAGGAGAAAUGUGACAUGGGAUAUGAAUAUGUGGAAACCAGCCUUGAUGAAUGCUGCGGGAAGUGUGAGCAGAGACAGUGUGUGCUGAAUGUAAAUGGUACCAAACAGCUCUUGAAUGAAGGAGAAACAUGGUCACCGCCUCACAAUAGGUGUGAGCAUUACACCUGUGUUAAAAGUGGUGAAACGUUUUCCACCUUUAGUUCACACGUUGUUUGCCCACCAUUCCAUGAGAGCAACUGUCAGCCUAAUACAAUUCAGACAGCAGCAAACGGCUGCUGUAGAAUCUGUGUGGAGAAGGAGAGGGCCUGCAAGGUAAUGACCAUGAAAACACGUAUUACACAUCAGGGCUGUCAGUCUGAGCAGGAGGUGGAUAUGCCAUUCUGUGAAGGAUCAUGCAACACUUUCACCAAGUACUCUGAAGCAGCAGCUGCGAUGCAGCAUUCCUGCUCCUGCUGUAAGGAGGCACGUUUCAGCAAUCGCACCGUUGAUCUGAUGUGCCUGAAUGGAGAAACAGUCCCCCACACCUACAUGCAUGUGGAGGAGUGUGGCUGUGGAAACACAGAGUGCACCAUUCCUGGUGCACAACAUACACGGAGAAAACGAAGCUUGGCUUUGGUGUGAUGUAAUUCUUCUGCUCAUUAACGGAUGCUGAAAGUGUUUCUUAUAAUCUUGUAAUCUAAUGUGGUAAUUGUCAUUGAAAUGAAGUAUUCAUCAACUGAUCAAAUAAAGAGAUGCAAUUCA